AUGUCGGAGUGCAACGGAAGACCGGUUGGCACUCCUGAGGCACUGCCACGUUCGGCAGCCGAGGCUUUUGUGGAGGCAACAGGCCAGGCCCUGGCAUGGACACUCACCAACGGGGGCUCAGAUACUCUGGGCUCGACGGGCAGCGGGGGGCAGAGGAAGCGCCUUCAGCACAACAAGCACAAGACCCAGGGCACCAAUGUGGUGCACCGUUCUCCACGAGCCCUCUUCUGCCUCAGGUUGAACAACCCCAUCCGCCAGGCUGCCAUCAACAUUGUUGAAUGGAAACCAUUUGAUAUCCUCAUUCUCAUGACCAUCUUUGCUAACUGCGUGGCCUUAGGGGUCUAUAUCCCUUUCCCAGAGGACGACUCCAAUGUCGCCAACCACAACUUGGAGCAAGUGGAAUACAUCUUUCUCAUCAUAUUCACGGUGGAGACUUUCCUCAAGAUCCUGGCCUACGGUUUGGUCAUGCAUCCCAGCGCCUAUAUCCGGAAUGGCUGGAACCUUCUUGACUUUGUCAUCGUUGUGGUGGGGCUCUUCAGUGUGAUCUUGGAACAAUUUUCCCACAAGCCUGGGGAUGCGCAUCAUAUGAGUGGGAAGCCUGGUGGAUUUGAUGUCAAGGCUCUGAGAGCCUUCCGUGUUCUGCGACCUCUGCGCCUCGUAUCUGGUGUCCCUAGCCUGCACAUUGUCUUGAACUCCAUCAUGAAAGCCAUGGUGCCCCUCUUGCACAUUGCCCUGUUGGUUCUUUUUGUCAUCAUCAUCUACGCCAUCAUCGGCUUGGAGCUGUUCAUCGGGCGCAUGCACAAGACCUGCUUCAUCAUUGGCUCAGAACUGGAAGCUGAGGAGGACCCCUCCCCUUGUGCCUUUUCUGGUCAUGGUCGGGAAUGCACAGUGAACAACAGCGAGUGCCGUGGCAAGUGGGAAGGGCCAAAUGGUGGCAUCACCAACUUUGAUAACUUCUUCUUUGCCAUGCUGACUGUCUUCCAGUGCAUCACCAUGGAAGGUUGGACUGAUGUGCUCUAUUGGAUGCAGGACGCAAUGGGUCAUGAGCUGCCGUGGCUUUACUUUGUCAGCCUUGUCAUCUUUGGCUCCUUCUUCGUGCUCAACCUGGUUUUGGGUGUGCUGAGUGGAGAAUUCUCCAAGGAGCGAGAGAAGGCAAAAGCCCGGGGCGACUUCCAAAAGCUACGGGAGAAGCAGCAAAUGGAGGAAGAUCUGAAAGGCUACCUGGAUUGGAUCACGCAGGCCGAAGACAUUGAGCCUGAUGAGGAAGGGGAUGAGAUAGACGACAAACACACCCGCAUGACUGUCGCAGAUUUGACGGGGAAGAAGAAAGGCAAGAAAUGGUUCAAACACAACAACCACUCCAUCGACAGUCACACCAGUCUGCCUGCCAGCGAAACCACAUCUGUGAAUACAGAGAAUGUCGGGGAUGAAGACCAUCAUCAGAACCGCUGCUGUGAAAUGUGCUUAGGCAAGCUCUCAAAGACUAAAUCUGGCCGCCGACUGCGCCGCAUGAACCGCCUCUUCCGGAAAAGAUGCCGCCUGGCUGUCAAAUCUGUCACUUUCUAUUGGAUGGUCCUGCUCCUCGUCUUUCUUAACACCCUCACCAUUGCCUCUGAGCAUUACAACCAGCCCGACUGGCUCACAGAGAUUCAAGCUUAUGCCAACAAAGUUCUUCUCUCACUGUUCACCCUGGAGAUGCUUCUAAAGAUGUACAGCCUGGGCCUACAGGCCUACUUUGUCAGCUUUUUCAACCGCUUUGACUGCUUUGUGGUGUGCGGCGGUAUCCUGGAGACCGUCUUGGUAGAGUUUGAAAUCAUGCAGCCUCUUGGCAUCUCCGUGCUUCGCUGUGUCCGCCUCUUGCGGAUCUUCAAGGUUACCAGGCACUGGGCCUCGCUAAGCAACCUUGUGGCCUCCUUGCUGAACUCCAUGAAGUCCAUCGCUUCUCUGCUUCUUCUGCUCUUCCUCUUCAUCAUUAUCUUCUCCUUGCUGGGCAUGCAGCUCUUUGGGGGCAAGUUCAACUUUGACGAGACCCAGACCAAGCGCAGCACCUUUGAUACUUUCCCCCAGGCCUUGCUGACUGUCUUCCAGAUCCUGACGGGAGAGGAUUGGAAUGCGGUGAUGUAUGAUGGCAUCAUGGCCUACGGUGGCCCCUAUUUUCCAGGCAUGCUGGUCUGCGUGUAUUUCAUCAUCCUCUUCAUUUGUGGAAACUAUAUCCUCCUCAAUGUCUUCUUGGCCAUUGCUGUGGACAAUCUUGCAGAUGCAGACAGUAUAAAUGCCUCAAAAAAGAAGAAAGGGACCCCAACAGAAGGGGAGGAAAGCAGUGAAAAAGACGAGAAAAGUGUGAAGGUGGAUUGCGGCGAGGAAGAAGAGGAGGAAGGCAGUGCAGAAGAAGGUGAAGACGAGGAGGACGAUGAAGGAGAUCAGGAGAGCUUGGCAGAAUCUCGCCUGGACAAACUGGAGGAUAUUCCCAAGGAGAAAGUACUGCCAAUUCCUGAAGGAAGCUCUUUUUUCUGUCUCAGCAAGACGAACCCGCUUCGGGUUUGGUGCCACAGGCUGAUUCAUCACCACAUCUUCACCAACCUCAUCCUCGUCUUCAUCAUUCUCAGUAGCAUCUCCCUGGCAGCUGAGGACCCUAUCCGGGCACACUCUUUCCGCAAUAAUAUUCUGGGCUACUUCGACUAUGCCUUCACUGCUAUCUUCACUGUUGAGAUCCUGCUCAAGAUGACAGCUUACGGCGCCUUCCUGCACAAGGGCUCGUUUUGCCGGAACUGGUUCAAUCUUCUGGAUCUGCUUGUGGUCAGUGUGUCGCUCAUCUCUUUCGGCAUCCACUCCAGUGCCAUCUCUGUGGUGAAGAUCUUGCGAGUGCUACGCGUGCUCCGUCCACUCCGAGCCAUCAACCGGGCGAAGGGGCUCAAGCAUGUGGUGCAGUGUGUGUUUGUAGCCAUCCGCACCAUUGGCAACAUCAUGAUAGUCACCACCCUCUUGCAGUUCAUGUUUGCUUGCAUCGGAGUUCAGCUGUUCAAGGGCAAAUUCUACAGCUGCACAGAUGAGGCCAAGCAUACUCCGGAGGAUUGCAAGGGCACAUUCAUUGUGUACAAGGAUGGAGAUGUGACUCACCCAAUGGUGCGAGAGCGCAUCUGGCUCAACAGUGACUUCAACUUCGACAAUGUGCCCUCGGGCAUGAUGGCGCUCUUCACUGUCUCCACUUUUGAGGGCUGGCCAUCGCUGCUGUACAAGGCCAUUGAUGCCAAUGAGGAAAACAAGGGCCCCAUCUACAACUACCGGGUCGAGAUCUCCAUCUUCUUCAUCGUCUACAUCAUCGUGAUUGCCUUCUUCAUGAUGAAUAUCUUUGUGGGCUUCGUUAUCAUCACAUUCCGAGCACAGGGAGAACAGGAAUACAAGAACUGUGAGCUCGAUAAGAACCAGCGGCAGUGUGUGGAAUAUUCCUUGAAGGCCCAGCCGUUACGGCGCUACAUCCCCAAGAACAAAUACCAGUACAGAGUCUGGUACAUGGUCAACUCCACUGGCUUUGAGUACAUCAUGUUUGUGCUCAUCCUGCUCAACACCAUUGCUCUGUCUGUACAGCACUACGAACAGUCCACACCCUUUAACUACGUCAUGGACCUGCUCAACAUGGUCUUCACAGGCCUCUUCACUGUUGAGAUGGUGCUGAAGAUCAUUGCCUUCAAGCCUAAGCACUACUUCUGUGAUGCAUGGAACACUUUUGAUGCUCUGAUUGUGGUGGGGAGUGUCGUGGACAUCGCUGUCACUGAAGUCAACAAUGGAGGACAUGUUGGAGAGAGCUCAGAAGACAGCUCUCGCAUCUCCAUUACCUUCUUCCGCCUCUUCCGCGUCAUGCGCCUGGUCAAGUUGCUCAGCAAAGGGGAGGGCAUCCGCACUCUGCUCUGGACCUUCAUCAAAUCCUUCCAGGCAUUGCCAUAUGUUGCGCUUCUCAUUGCCAUGAUCUUCUUCAUCUACGCAGUCAUCGGCAUGCAGACCUUUGGGAAAGUGGCAAUGCAGGAUAACACACCGAUCAACCGCAACAAUAACUUCCAGACCUUUCCGCAAGCUGUGCUGUUGUUGUUCAGGUGUGCCACAGGGGAAGCCUGGCAGGAGAUCAUGCUGGCCAGCUUGCCUGGCAAACGUUGUGAUCCAGAGUCCGACUACGAGCCAGGAGAGGAGCUCACCUGCGGCAGCAACUUUGCCAUUGUUUAUUUCAUCAGCUUUUUCAUGCUCUGUGCCUUCCUGAUCAUUAACCUCUUUGUGGCUGUCAUCAUGGACAAUUUUGACUAUCUGACUCGAGACUGGUCCAUUCUGGGUCCCCACCAUCUCGAUGAGUUCAAGCGGAUCUGGUCAGAAUAUGACCCAGCUGCCAAGGGUCGCAUCAAGCACCUUGAUGUGGUGGCCCUACUACGCCGGAUACAACCACCCUUGGGCUUUGGAAAACUCUGUCCCCACCGUGUAGCCUGCAAGAGACUGGUGGCGAUGAACAUGCCCCUGAACUCAGAUGGAACCGUCACCUUCAACGCUACCCUCUUUGCUCUGGUGCGGACGUCCCUCAAAAUCAAGACAGAAGGAGAACUUGAGGUGGCAAAUAAGGAGCUCCGCUCUGUCAUCAAAAAGAUCUGGAAGCGGACCAAACCCAAGCUACUGAAUGAGGUGAUACCCCCACCGGAAGAGGAGGAGGUCACCGUGGGGAAGUUCUAUGCCACAUUCCUGAUCCAGGACUAUUUCCGGAAAUUCCGUAAGCGGAAGGAGAGGGGGCUGCUGGGGCCAGACGGGCCUCCAAGCAACUCUUCUGCUCUGCAGGCUGGAUUGAAAAGUUUGCAAGACUUGGGGCCCGAAAUCCGCCGGGCGAUGUCCUGUGACCUGGAAGAGGAAGAAGAGGAGGAAACAGAUGAGGCAAUGUGUGAGGAUGAGACGGUGACCUACAAGAGCUCUGAAGCGUUGUGUGGCAGCACUCCUCCUGACCACAGCACCAAUGCCUCAGCUACUGCAACAUCACCAGACCAGGAGAACAAGACGUUGGCAAACGGCCUCAUGGGCUCUGGUGACCCCUCAAGUGACAGCCAUUCACAUAUGACCAAUGGGCCAACCCAUCAUGAAGAAAACAUCAGGGACAACGAGGAACCUGCUGAACUGCCUAAUCUCCCCGCCCGCCGCAGGAUGAGCAGACAUAGUUCCAAUGGUAGCUGCAACCCAACGGCGAAAGAAGAAGCCACACCUGUGGAGGAUUAUGGAGAAGACACUUCAGCUGAGCAAGGCUAUUACAGUCGAGAGGAAGACUCUGAGAGCUUGGCCUCCCAUGACAGACAGCCCAGCCUGAAAAACUCUCAGCCCCGCUGCCAUCGCUGGGACAAUGGCUACGGCGGAUCAUUGCCCCUCCCCUCCCGGCACGUCAGCAACGAGCUCACCAAUGGACUGCCAGACAGCAGGCAAACCAAGCGCAGGCGCCUCUUGCCUGCCACACCCACAGGCCGCAAACCAACCUUCAACAUCCAGUGCCUGCAGCGUCAAGGCAGCUGUGAUGAUAUCCCUAUCCCAGGCACCUAUCACCAGAAUGCACCCCCCUGCCGAGCACGAACACAGUCAUGGGCAACGCCACCCAAACGGAGCCGCUUGCUGUAUGCCCCCCUGAUACUGGUGGAGGAGGACGGCCUGCCAGGCCAUGACUGGGAGAAGAACAGCAGCAGCCUCCCACCCAUGUCGCGAGCUCACUGGUACAUGGAGGACCAGGAGCUGCCCUACCGCACAUAUGGCCAUCUCCGUGUGCCCGGUCCACUCAAGCACGGCUACAGCGACAAGCGUGGGAGUGCAGAUAGCCUGGUGGAGGCGGUGCUCAUCUCUGAGGGCUUGGGCCUCUACGCCCGGGACCCAAAGUUUGUGGCCUUUGCCAAGCGGGAGAUUGCCGAUGCUUGCCACAUGACCAUUGACGAGAUGGAGAGUGCUGCCACGGACCUUCUGAUCGGGAGCCUGGGCCUUGUUUACAGUGACGAGGAGCCCUUCCGUUCCCGUGAAGAAGAGGACUUAGCUGAUGAGAUGGCCUGUGUCACCUCUUAUUGA